AUGGACUCAGUUGCAAUGAAGAUUGCAAAUAUCAUUAAAGAUAGAGAGAAAAUAUUUAGAUUAGAGGGCUUGAAGGAGCAUGAGUGUUUGCAGCUCCUCAACUCUCAUGCAUUUGCUGGUGUAGAGAACCCCCCUGAUGAUCAUAAGAAAUUAAGAGCCAUUGCUGGAGAGAUUGUUAAAAAGCUUUUAGGAUCUCCAUUGGCAGAAAAAGUCAUUGGCGGCGUUCUGAAUGGCGACUUGGAUGAAAGGCAUUGGACAAAUGUUUUAAGUAGUGGUUUUGUAAGUGCAGAAUUGAGCUACUAUGGCAUCUUUCUCAUUUUAAAAUUGAGCUAUAUGUUCCUCCCUAAACAUCUACAAAAUUGUUUCGCAUUUUGUUCUAUAUUUCGACAAGAUUAUUGUUUUGAUAAAGAUGAUUUAGUCAAAAUGUGGAUUGCAUUGGGUUUCAUUCAGCAACCACAUGAUCAAGAAUGGACUAUGGAGGAUAUUGGAGGAAGGUAUUUUGAUGUUUUGGUUAAAAAAUCUUUCUUCGAUAAGUUUCUAGAUGGACGAUACUACAAGAUGCAUGAUUUAAUACAUGAAUUGGCACAAUCAGUUUCCAUACAUGAAUGUUUAAGAGUUGAGGAUGUUACAAAGUUGCCUUUUAUAAUUCCUAAGACUCUUCGACACUUGUCUGUUAAAACUCCAAAUCCAGACAUCAUAAAAAAUAUUGGGGAGUUUAAAUAUUUGCAUCCUCUUUUCUUGCUCUAUGAAGCUUCUAAUCAAGAUCUUUGUAGUGCACUUAUUGAAAUAUUUAAAGCAUCGAGAAGCCUACGCUUAUUUUACGUAUCUGCUCCUCGCUUGAAAAGCAUAGACUUAUCACAAGUAUAUGCUCCAAGCUUGGAAAUGAUACCUGAGGAGAUUGGAAAUUUGAUACAUCUUCGAUACUUAAAUAUUAAUGAUUAUAAUUUGACUAUGCUGCCAAGAUCUCUAGGUAAUCUCUAUCACUUGCAAUACAUAAUCUAUAAUGGGCUACACCAAUCUAAAGGUGAUUAUUUUUUACCAAGUGACAUUAAUAACCUCUCUAACUUGCAUUACUUGAAAAUGUUUGAGAAUUAUGUUUCAUCGAUAUGUGGGAUUGGGAAGCUAAAGUCUCUUCAAGAACUGCAUAUGUUUGAUCUUAGAGAUGUGAGUGGUUAUAGAAUUGGGGAGUUGGAGAAUAUGAAUGAACUUUGCAAAUUAGGAAUCAAUCGCCUUGAAAAUAUUAAGGAUGCCGAGGAGGCUUCUAGUGCCAAAUUAUGUGCCAAGGGGAGGCUCACAGAUUUAACCUUAUGUUGGAGUAACACUGAUUUGAGGAGCACCGAUUUGGAUGAGAACAUACUCGACAACCUUCACCCACCAAAAUAUCUAAGGAAUUUGAGCAUAAAGAGAUGCAUGGGUGCAAG